GUAAAUUGAACAGCCAAGAUACUUACAAUAACUUCACAAACAAUAAUCCUGGGAACCCUCGACUCCUGCCUCUUCCAAGUUUGACUGUGGUGUUGCCUCUUGCUCAGAUCAAACAGCCAAUGACAUUAGGGACCAUCACCAAACGCACAGGCAAAUCCAAACCAGCUCCACAGAUUUCACCCAGUAAGUCUGUGGGAGGAGAGUUUUGUGUCGCUGCAGUCUUUGGAUCAUCAAGGUCAUGGUUUACAAACAAUCCUGGUCUGAAAAGAGAAAAAGAUCAAUCAAAACAGUUUGUAGUGGAGUCGUUGUAUAUUAUCAGUUGUUACGGUAGCCUGGUAGAGCACGUCUUGGAACCACGUCCGCUCAGCACCGCUCCCAAGAUUAGUGAUGACACACCGUUGGAAAUGAUGACCUGCCCGAGAGCCAGCUGGACUUUGGUUAGAACUCCUCAGUGGAAUGAACUCCAACCACCAUUUAAUGCAAACCAUCCACUGCUCCUGGCUGCAGAUGCUGUACAGUACUACCAGUAUCUUCUUGCCGGCUUGGUUCCACCCGGGAGCCCUGGACCGAUCACUCGACAUGAGUCGUACGACAGCCUAGCGUCUGACCACAGCGGGCAAGAGGAUGAAGAGUGGCUUUCACAGGUCGAAAUAGUGACUCACACUGGGCCUCAUCGACGCCUAUGGAUGGGCCCACAGUUCCAGUUCAAAACCAUCCACCCCUCCGGCCAAACUACAGUCAUUUCAUCCAGUUCUUCAGUGCUGCAGUCGCAUGGUCCAAGCGAUACCCCACAGCCUCUUCUGGACUUCGAUACAGAUGAUCUUGAUCUCAACAGUCUCAGGAUUCAGCCUGUUCGUUCAGAACCUGUUAGCAUGCCGGGGUCAUCACGUCCAGUUGCUGAUCGCAGAGGAGUUUCAACAGUGAUUGAUGCUACCUCAGAUCUUUAA